UGAGGCAGGAGUCCCGUGGGCGGAUCUUGAGGCAAGAGUCCUGUCCCGGCUAUAAAAUGCCUGCACUUGGCAGCCGGGAUUCGGGCUACAAACAGCUGACUGCCUGCCGGCCUCUGAGUCUCCUGCUUCGGGGUCUCUGCUGUUCUUCUUGCCCAGGUCUCCAGUGCCCGGGUCUCCCAUGGCACCGGCCUCGGGCUCCAAGUUGAAUCUGACAGUCCUCAGACUUCCACUUCUGCUGCCGGUUCUGCCUCUGCUGCUGGGCUCGGCCUGGGCGGGGCGAGCAGAAACUCACACUCUUUCCUAUGACUUCACCAUCACUCCUACAUUCAGACCUGCACCACGGUGGUGUGACGUUCAAGGCCAGGUGGAUAAAAAGACUUUUCUUCACUAUGACUGUGGCAACAAGGUUAUACCCUGUGGUCCCCUGGGAAUGGAAAUAAAUGGCACAAAGGCCUGGAAAGUACAGACAGAAACACUGAGCAGUGUGGUGGAGGACCUCACACAGGAACUGCUUGACAAUCUACCAGAAAAUCACACACUCAGGGGGACAGAUCCUCUCACCAUGGAGGUCAGGAUGUCUUGUCAGCGUGGAGCCAAUGGGCACACCACAGGAUCCUGGCAGUUUGGCUUCAAUGGACAGACGGUCCUCCGCUUUGACUCAAAGAAUAGAAAGUGGACACUGGCACAUCCUGGAGCCAGACCCAUGAAAGAGAAGUGGGAGAAUGACAAGGAUGUGACCAAGUUCUUCCAGAACAUCUCAAUGGGAGAUUGUAGGAGAUGGCUUACAAAAUUCUUGGUGCAUUGGGAAAAAAUGCUGCAGCUAACAGCACCACCCAUUGAGGCCCCAGACACAGCCCAAGUCAAGGCCAAGGCUGCCAGGUCCACCUGCUGCAGCCCCACUCUGCUCCUCACCUGCUCCAUCCUAUGGCCCAUACUGUGGAUACUGAGAAAGUGCGUGGAGUGACAGGUGCUGUGGGCAGAUUGGGAGGGGAGCAGGGCAGUGGUGAGGUGGGAGGACACAGAAGGGACUCCCUGAGCACCCCUGCACCCUCCCUUCCAUGGGACCUUCUCAUCCCAGAAUAAGACAGGGGAGCGAGACCUCCUGUCACUUGAUAAUAGUACCCUGGGCCAGCCACCCUGUGCUCUAUUAGUUGUCACUGUCACAGGCCAGUGGGAAGGGAAGGCCCACUCCGAGGCUUGGGACAUCUAAAUGCUGGAGUGUCUAGGGGGAUGCAGCAGUGUCAGGGGGGUUUCAGAGCAGGCUGUGUAUUCUACGGGCCAUGCUGAGUGGCGAGCAGAAAGCAGGACCAUGGGCAAGGGCAGCACCUUGGUGGCUCCAGGUGAUGUUUCAAAGGGAAGGAGGUUUUAUCUGCAAGGAAGAGAGCAGGAGAACUGGGUCUAAUCCCAGGAGGAGGAACCCCAAUGGCCUUGACACUCCCAAUUCCAAAUGCUGGAUUUCAGGGCUGCACUCCAUGGGACAUGGCUGAGGACAUAGCAGCUAAGCUGGAAGGUUGAGGACAGGCCAGUGCCCCCAGACCCUAGGAUUCCAGUUGGGCCCUGGGCUGUGUCCCUGACACCCAGCCUCCUGCACACUCCAGCCCCUGAGCCAGUGGAUGAGCAGAAUUGACUCUGAGGACAGGUGGGCUGAGCUGUGGCUGGAAUCCCAUGGUCGCAGCUGAGCUGGACUAGGGAUUGAUAGGGACAGUGACAUUUAGGGUUGUGGGUGCCACUGCCAGGGUGAAGAGAGGCUGAGAGAAGGGGAGAGAAGGAUGAUUGCCUGCAGUACCUCCCAAGGCCAGGACACCAUGGAGCCAGGCCCUCCCUGUGGACAGGCCCCGGGGCUGGAGAGCCUGUGAGAGGGAGGAGGCACUGAGUGGGGCACGGACCAUCCCUCAGCAGCCUCAGUCCCCAGUCACAAGGGCUGGGGCAGGGCCUGGGCUGAUCUGCCAUUGUAAAAGUUGGCGGAGAUGGGUGGAGGCUGCAGAUGCCAGGUGUGGGGGUAUCAGUGAAAAAUCCCCUCUGACAGGGAGAGUGUCUGGGGUGGGACAGCCCAGGAGAACUGGCCCAGGGUCUCCUCAGUCCCCUAAACCAUCACCUGUGUCUUUUCUGAAGGUGAAGCUGCUCUGCCAAGCCUGUGUGAGCCUGGCCUGGUUCCCACCCUCCCCUCUGGCUGCCACUUGUCCAGCACCUGCCACUGCUGUCCAG